AUGGUCACUUUCUCUACCUUCAAGCUUGCCACUGUUUUAAUAAGAAAUACUCAAAGAGCUGUUCGACUCGAUGUCAAGCUAUUCGAUCAACAUGUUCAACAGUUAAUGAGAUUAUUUGAGCUACAACAAUUCGACGUAGCUGUUCUUCUAAUUGGACAAGCCAAAAUGGCUGAAAUAAAUACACGAUUUAAUCCUGAUGCAAAAGGUGCCACAGAUAUUUUAUCAUUCCCAUUUCAUGAAAAUCUACGAGCUAGUCUUUCUUCGAAGUCAAUAUUACCUUGGGAGUGUGAUUUAGGUGAUAUUUUCAUUUGUCCAAAAAUGAUUUGUCAAAGAUUUGAUAAAAGUAUACUGCAGGAACAGUUACCGGUUUACGUUACUCAUGGGAUAUGUCACUUGCUAGGCUAUAUACAUGAUGACGAAAAAUCACAAAUUGAGAUGCAUAUUAAAGAAAGGGAUAUCUUGGAGAAGUUUAACCGUGCUAAUGGAUAUUAUUGUCUUCCUUUAACACCGCCUUCAAAUAAAUGA